UCUCGGGCUCGCUGCUGCUGCUGAGGCUGAGGCUCAGACUGCUGCCGCGGUGCGUGCUGCUGUGGCUGAUCGGCGCGCGGCACAGAACCGGCUCGCUCUGACCUCUGCAGUCGGCAGCUAGGAGUGCCCCGUGCACCGCCGAGACCCGGAACACUCUUACGGUGUCACCAGCGGAGCUGGCAACUUUCCACCGUGGAUCCCAGUAACUUUCAGUGCCACUUCGGAGCUGCCAUGGCACCUACAACUGGAACUGCUGUAUUUUGCUUUUUGUUUAUUUCGACACGCGCCCUUUUCAUUGCUAAUGAUAAAGAUUCUUUACAUGGCAAACUGGAAAGCUAUGGAAUUGUGAUUCCAGCUAGCACAGACUCUGAGGGCAGAUUUCUCUCCCAUGUUGUGUCAGCGUCAGUAGGGAAACGAUUCAGAAGAGAUGCCAAGGAUAUUCUUCCUUAUUCACAGAUAGAUAAAUUAUUCUUUAAUGUAACUAUCUCAGGAAAAGAAUUUCACCUGAGGCUGCAACACAAUGAUAAACUUGUGGCCCCUGGAGCCACAGUUGAAUGGCAGGAAGAUUCAAAUUCAACUUACAGAGAACCACUUUAUGGCGACUGCGUCUACGUUGGAGAUGUCACCGAUAUGGCAAACACGUCUGUUGCUAUCAGUAACUGUGAUGGAUUGGCCGGCAUGAUUCGGACAGAAAAGGAUGAAUACUUUAUUGAACCGCUGGAGAAGGGGAAGAAAGAAGAAGAACACAGUGGCGGCAGGAGUCACAUCAUCUACCGCAGAUCAGCUGUCAAGCGAUCUCUGCAGGAUGAUAUUAAUGACAUUCGUCAUAAAGCCGCAGAUCUACGUGGACUGGGUGAGCUUGACAGUCUGUAUGAUGGCAUUAAGCACCACCAAGCAAGCAGAGCCAGACGAAUGCGAAGACAUGCUGCCGAUGAAGACUACAACAUUGAGGUUCUCCUGGGGGUCGAUGAUUCCGUUGUACAGUUUCAUGGGAAGGAACAUGUGCAGAAGUAUCUUUUGACUCUUAUGAAUAUUGUGAAUGAAAUUUACCACGAUGAUUCCCUUGGUGCUCACAUUAACGUGGUCCUGGUGAGAAUAAUUAUGCUUGGUUAUGGAAAGUCAUCCAACCUAAUAGAAAUCGGGAAGCCUUCAGAAAGUUUGGAAAAUGUGUGUCGUUGGGCUUAUUUACAGCAGAAGCCCGACACAGAUCAUGCAGAAUACCACGAUCAUGCCAUUUUUCUAACAAGACAAGAAUUUGGUCCCUCUGGCAUGCAAGGUUACGCUCCUGUUACUGGAAUGUGUCAUCCUGUGCGUAGCUGCACGCUUAAUCACGAAGAUGGAUUUUCAUCUGCGUUUGUUGUAGCGCAUGAAACAGGACACGUUCUAGGCAUGGAACAUGAUGGACAGGGAAAUCGAUGUGCUGAUGAGGUCCGAAUGGGAAGCAUUAUGGCUCCUUUGGUGCAGGCGGCUUUCCAUCGAUUCCACUGGUCUCGCUGUAGCCAACAGGAACUAAAUCGAUAUCUGCAUUCAUAUGACUGUUUGCGUGAUGACCCCUUCGAUCAUGACUGGCCAUCACUUCCGCAGCUCCCAGGUCUUCACUACUCGAUGAAUGAACAGUGUCGAUUUGAUUUUGGUGUGGGAUACAUGAUGUGUACAGCUUUUCGAACCUUUGACCCUUGCAAGCAGCUGUGGUGCAGUCAUCCCGAUAACCCAUACUUCUGCAAAACAAAAAAGGGGCCACCCUUGGAUGGAACAAUGUGUUCUCUUGGCAAGCACUGUUAUAAGGGUCACUGUAUAUGGCUUACCCCUGACAUAUUAAAACAAGAUGGUAGCUGGGGAUCGUGGAGCAAAUUUGGGUCCUGUUCAAGAACCUGUGGAUCAGGGGUCAAAUUUAGGACACGCAAUUGUGACAAUCCACAUCCAGCCAAUGGUGGCCGCAGUUGCUUCGGUCCCAGCUAUGAAUUCCAGCUCUGUAACACUCAGGAAUGCCUGAAGCAUAGCGACGAUUUCAGGGAGCAGCAAUGCCGACAGUGGGAUCCAUACUUUGAAUAUCAGAAUGCCAAACAUCAUUGGCUGCCUUACGAACACCACGAAGCCAAGGAAAGAUGUCACCUUUACUGCCAGUCAAAGGAACUCAAUGAUGUUGUAUACAUGAAAAGAUUGGUGCAUGAUGGGACAAGGUGCUCAUACAAAGAUCCCUACAGUGUGUGUGUACGAGGUGAAUGUGUGAAAGUUGGAUGUGAUAAGGUGAUUGGGUCUACUAAACAGGAAGACAAAUGUGGAGUGUGUGGGGGCGAUAACUCACAUUGUAAAGUAGUGAAGGGGACCUUCACGAGGAUACCAAAGAAGCAAGGUCAUGUGAAGAUGUUUGAAGUUCCACCUGGUGCAAGACAUUUAUUUAUUCAAGAAAAAGAUCCUACACGUCACUUUAUGGCACUUAAGAACAAGGAGACAGGAAGAUAUGUACUGAAUGGGGACAAUUUUAUCCCAGACUCCAAAACGUUCAUUGACAUGGGAGUGGAGUGGGAGUAUCAGAAUGAAGAUGACAAGGAAACGCUACAAACCAUCGGUCCGGUGCAGGACACGGUCAUCAUUUUUGUUAUUGCUCGUGGUGCUGGUAAAAUCACAUUGUCCUACAAAUACAUGAUCCAUGAUGAUUCCUUGAAUGUAGGCGGAAGCAAUCUUAUACCAGAUGGUUCUGCAUCAUAUGAGUGGGCACUGAAGAAAUGGUCCCAGUGUUCUAAACCCUGUGGGGAAGGUUAUCAUCUUGCAAAGUAUGGUUGUCGCAGAAAGACUGACCACAAAAUGGUACAUCGUAAUUUCUGUGAUUCCAUCGAGAAGCCAAAGUCUAUUCGCAAAGCAUGCAACCUUCAGGAGUGUUCACAGCCCAUAUGGAUCACAGGAGACUGGGAACCUUGCAGCAAGACAUGUGGAAAGACAGGGACUCAGAAUCGAUCUGUACGCUGCAUCCAGCCUCUUCAUGACGGCACUAAUCGCUCUGUUCACAGUAAGUACUGUAAUGAGGACCGUCCAGAAUCCAGGAGACCUUGUAACAGAGUACUGUGUCCGUCACAGUGGCGGACCGGACCAUGGUCACAGUGCUCUGUAACAUGUGGUAAUGGCACCCAGGAGAGACAGGUCUUUUGUCGUGCAUCAGAUAACUCUAUUGGCCUUUGUAAGGAAGAGAAGCCAGAAGCUACUAGAAUAUGCAGACUGCAUUCCUGCUCCAAAAAUGCCUCUGACCCAUCUAAGAAAAAUUACUUUGUGCAGUGGAUUUCAAGACCAGACUCAUCACAUUCUGUCCAGAAGAUUUCAAAGGAACAGUGUCGGAAAGACAGAUCAAUAUUUUGUCAAAUGGAAAUACUGAGUCAGCACUGCUCAGUUCCCAGCUUCAAAAAUUUAUGUUGCAAAACUUGUGAUUCCAAUAACAAUUCAAGCAACGGAACAGUCAGCAACUAUAAUAAACUCGAAAGGAUUACAUUGGUUAAGCCAACCAAAUCUAUAAAAACAGUGACUGAAUCUACAGCUGUCCCAGUUAUUGUAAAGGAUAAAGACGUCUCGAAAUUCAAUACAACUAAACACAGACCCGAAACCAAUGCUGUAGAUAUUCCUUUUGAAGUAGGCAGACUGGAAAAUGAAGACUCUCGCAUUAAUGUAAUAAAAGGGAGAAACACAAUAUAUCAGAAAACAAAGAAUCCAAGAAUACAGCAGUUGAUUGCAGAGAAACAAAAACAAGGGAAUUUUAAAAAGGUCACAUAAAGAAAAAAAGGUGUGAAAGGACAAAUAAUGUUUCUUUUUUCUCUUAUAGAGAUAUUGCUGCACUCUUGAAUAAAGCCAUGGCAUAUCAGAAAUAAAAAAAAGCACUAUGACAGAAAUGAAAACUAUAUGCUUAGUUUUCAAAUGUUUGCCUGAAAUGGAAUUUAUGUUUAAUUUAAUUAUAUUAUAAGAAACUUUUGAAAGAAUUUUUGCACAAAUUUAACCCAACUUCCUUUCUAAGAUACAUUUAAAAUAAUUCUUUUUUUUCUUUUCGUUACUGUAGACUUUUUUAAUGCACAGUAUAUAUUUGAACAAAAUGAAGACAUUUGGAGCACAAUGUUCCAUUCUGUUUCUCUGUGAAAGGUGCUUUGAGAGAAAAUAUCAAAUUUUUAAUUUUAUAUUCAGUUCAGAAUUAUUCACAGUUUCAUCUCACUGUCUUAUUUCACCACACACUUCAGUGUAUUUUUCUGUGAUAACUUUUUACAUUUAUAUGAUUUAUAUGGAUAAAUAUAUAUGUAAUUUUUCACUACAAUCACAUCUGAUUCUUUCCAAAAAAUUUCAGGAAGACCCUGCUUUAUACCCUACGGUGCUCUAAGAAGAGAUUUGGAAUGGUAUUAGAAAUUAUAUUUUAAUAGAUAACAUGUUCUAUAUUAUUUGACUGUUUAAAUGAGUUAAAUGUCAUCAACUUAUUCACUGCACUUGUUUUUAUAAACUAAUUACAAUCCUAGAUGCAUGUAAUUACUGUUACCCUGUGAUUUUUUUUUGCUGAAGUAUGGCCGUUGUUAAGCACAUAAAUUUUUACUGAAGAGGGAAACUUGAUUUUAAUACACAGACUAUGUUUGCCACUUUGCAAGUGAUUUGCCAAUUGAUUGUCUCUCAUAUUUUUUGUUGCUUGUUAAAUAAGCCAGUUAGAAAAGGAUGCUGAAUUAUUUUAAAAUUGCCACUGUGUAUUAUGCAAGGUUAAAACUUGUUUCAUAUGGUUACAAUUAUACAAAUGCUUAAAACCAUGACUAGGAAUCGCCUUGUUCUCACGCUACCUUCCCUAGUCACAGGUAUUCUCGUUUUGUAUUUAAUUCAGUUCACUGUUAUGAAAUCUGUGGAAUUAAAUUCAGUGUAUUACCUUCACAGUUCAAUACAUAGAUCUCAUUAGGAGUAAUUUCCCCAGAAGUGAGGAUUUGUUCUCUGAUCCAGGACAUGUAGUUUCUGUCUGCAUGUAUCUUUGUCCAUCUUGUUUACUGACUGACGUCUGUAGCCUGACUCCAACCCUAGCAGUAAGUUUGAUAACGUAUAAAAUGCCAUAAUCAGGUCAGCUCUGUAGUCCCUGCCCUUCUACAGUCUUCCUUUACCCCUGUAUAACCACCCAGCAGUUAUU